ACACAAUCUUAUCUUAACUGAAACCGUUCCACUAUAUAUUGUUUCAGAUAUGUAAGGUGUUUAUCAUAAUUCAGUGCUUACUUCACUGCGCAGACGUAAACAAUUGCAAUAAAGAUGAAAACCCUGAUCUUCUUGGUGCUCGCGGUUCUUGGAGCCAACGCUGCCGUGGUGAAGGCGCCCGCUGCGAGGUCCAACCUCAACAUUGGAUACAUCGUUCCUGGAGACAGGCUUUUGCAUAGAUCUUACGUCUACCGCCCCGCUAUGGCCAACUCAAUGCAGUCUGAAAAUGUUUCCUACUACGGCAACCGUACCACAAGGAUCAGUGCAGUCCAGGCGCAAGAAGUAGGAGCCAGCCAGUACGCGUCCGCUUGGAUAAUCUCUGGAGGCAUUGGCCAGAACAAUGUCACUGUCAGAUUCCAAUCCGCGGUUGGAAGAGGUUACUACUACCUCCUUAGCGUUUGGGGCCGCUAAAAAGCAUUCGAUUUUCAAAAAUGUUAGACCGCUUGAGUUUGAUGACUGGCUAGUAUAAAUAUAAUUAUGACGAUUUUCCAAAAUGACGCAAGGCAACGGAUUGACAAUCUCUGUCGAUUGGUUUAUAAAUAAAUUUCUUUAAGUAA